CCCUGUGCGUCCAAUGAAACGUGUUUGGGUGUAUGACCUGAAUGUGGUGAAGCUUGAAUAAUACUCUCGGCCUUAUAUACGGGAUGUGUAGCGAUGAGCAGAACAAUAAAGAUCGACAACUUAUAUGACGGAGAUAAAAGGUUGAAUAGAGGAGAUAAGCAAGAGACAAGAAUGGCAAACCGGCAACGAUUUUACGUGGUGAUUCUGACUAUCCUGUCUGGCUUCGUUCUCGGGUAUCUUUAUACAUCUAUGUACACCAAAUUCCUCGUCUCCAAACAGGCACCCGUUUCACAUUCUUUAGGUAAUAUAGGAGCGCGGCAGGCUUUAGAGAAUAAUAUAAAACUGCAACUGAACUCAAACCACAACGUUGAGAUAAGGUUUCCUGCAAAAGAAGUGAAGACACAAGUUGCAGACAGCGCUAAGCAACAAACUUCAGCUCCACCAACCAAAUCAAACGUUGCGUUAAAGUUACCAGAAAAAGACGUCACGACAAAAGUUACAGAAAGUGCUAAGCAACAACUUUCAGUUCCAUUAACCAAACCAGGACCUCUGUUAUCGAAACCUGAUUUCUGGGGCACGGUGAUAUCAAGGACAGAUACGGGGUGGCAAAAACAGGAGAAUCUGUGUAAUUCCUCCAGCAAGUUUGUACGAACUCGCCUUCGAGGACCCCAAAAUACACCUAUACACGUGUACACUCCAGAAGAGGAUCAAUGGGUGUCUGGAAAUAUCAUUCGACAAGGAAUGUGGGAAGGAAAUCUCGUCACAAGGAUUCACAAUAUUUUGAAGAACGAACCCGAUGUGGUGUUUUUAGAUAUCGGUGCCAACGUCGGUGUUUUUUCACUGACAGUUGCCAAGCUCGGUCGAACAACUGUGUCUGUGGAUGCCCUGGAGGGUAAUGUGGCUCGCCUGUGUCAAUCCAUGAGGGACGGUAAACUUUCAGAUCACAUGAUCGUGAUCCAUAACGCGCUGUCGUUUCAACGUGAAAAAGUGGCACUCGGUACGCAUAAAAAGAACGUGGGUGGAACCUAUGUAAAGAAACUGGAGAAAAUGGGACUUGAUAAAAUCGACCAGUCGGCGUUAGUGGUUGAUGCCAUUCUCCUAGAUGAUUUAUUAGAAAUCUUCAACUUUAAAAGAGUAGUGAUUAAAAUGGACGUUGAGACUUUUGAAGCCAACGUACUAAAGGGAGCUGAUAAGUUUUUCAGUACAGUUCAGGUUGACUAUUUGCUGAUGGAAUUUGUUGCCCACAGAGGAAAAGACAGUGGAAAUUUUAUUGUCGAAUUUUUGAAAAAACAUAAUUUAGUCUGCGAGAAUUCCAACAAAAACCAUGCCACGUGGUCUGGGGAAGUAAUGUUUAAGAGAGUUGUUUCUUCUUGAUCUCUAGUUAGUGUUUUUAACAGGUAUCUCAAUCCCACAUUGCACUGACUGUUUCCGAUGUCACUGCUUCGUGUAUGUUGUUGACGUCAUUUCAUUUUAUGUCCUGACGUAAUCGCUGUAUGAGUUAGUGCGCUGAAAUGGUGAAGUGAAAGUAAAACUUGAACAAUAAAAAUUUUUCCUUAAAAAAAGAAUAUGCUAUUUAUUACUGUUGAACAAAGCUUAUGCAUAAAAAGUUUAUAUUUGCACAGAGCUAGUGAUAUUGAUUAAGUGAUCAUGAACAUUAUUUGAAGUGAAUUCAAGUUGUAUGAUGUAAUAAUAAUAUGCUUAUAUUGAGCGUGGAUGUCCAUGUUGUUGCGUGAUAGUUUACUUAUGAAAAAAGUAUCUUAAAUGUCUACCUUAGAACUACAAGGUGAGUUUUAUUUUUAAUAUGAAUUUUAUUAAAUGGACUCUAUUAUAAACAAACUCGCUUUGAUUACAUGUGCCACAUCGUCAGAAACCCAUGACUGGUUUACUUACUGACUAUGAGUCAUCUUGCUGAAGUUUUCCCGUUCUCUGGAAUAAUUCAUGCUCUAUUCGGAUUGGUUCCUCUAUACUUUCGUAAAGAAAAACCACAACAAACGUGUUAAUGCUCACUCCUGCAACUAUUAAGAGCUGUUUUCAUAACAUGUGAUCGUCGUUUACAUGAAUGGGUUAAAGGAUUAUCCCUAUAAAAGUUGUUUUGCCGUGUGUUCGGAUUGAGUUAAGGGGCUUACCAUCAAAUUUUUUUUUUGCCCUGUGCUCGGGUUUGGUUAAGUAGCUUCCCCUCCAAGAUUGUUUUUUGCCCUGUGCUCGGAUUGAGUUACGGGGUUUCCCCUUCAAAAGUGUUUUGUCCUGUGUUCGGGGAUUGGAUUAAGGGUUUUCAAAAAAAAAUUCUCAAAAUUGUCUUUCAAUUGGUUAUUCGGAAUUUUUGUAAUCAUAUACAUGUAUACAUAGAGACACGGACUUGACAAAUGAUUUUAUCAUCAUGAUAGAGACUGUCAUUUUCUGUUUAUAUAUUAUACAUGACUGUAUAGAAAGAUUUUUUUUGUCAGUUCUACUAUUUUGGCGCAUGCCCAUGAAAUAGUAAUCUAACUGAGGGAAUGCUAUUUGAUUCAGCGAGAUAAAAAUGUUUUAUUAUCUUUGUAAACUCAUAUUGGGAGAAUUAUAUGUGACUGUAUAGAAAGAUUUGCAUGUGAUAUAAAGUGAUCUCUCUUGCAACUGAUUGAUUUAAUAUUGAUAUUAUGCAAAUCAGGGAUUCUUCUAUUAUAAUUUACAUUGUAAUUUUUUUUUAUACACUUAGUCUUACAUGUAUCUGUGUUUUACCAUUUUAACAGGGACAUUUAUUAGUUGACAAUGAUGUCAUGUCUUCAAUUUAUAACUAUAAUAGUUAUUCAAACAACUUUUUAUGACGUAAAAUAUCAUAUAAUAAAGAUUGGGCAGCAGGCGACCUGCCUAUUUCAGCCCUCUUAAAGUUUUUUUUUUAUUUCUAUAUACCUCUUUAUUCAGCUAUAUAAAUGCAAUGUAUUUAAACCUUUACAGAUUAUCAUAAAACCACGGGUCUGUUUAUUUAUAAACCAAAUAAUGUACACAUGCGUCUUUUGACAAUUUCUGAUAAUUUCAUAUACGUAACGAGAUUCUUCAUUAUUUUCGUGAAUUAUUGUUGUUCCAAGAACUAAACAAAAGAAUAAAUUGAAAUAGAAUAGAA